AUGCCCAAGACGCCCUCGAGUUGGCGUGCGACUGGCAAGGGCCGCAACUCGAAAAAGCGGCGUGCCGUCACCGCAUCUGCCUCUCGUGAAGCAAGCAUCGCCACCGACAUCAUGGCUGGCAAAUCCUCCCACCCCAUUCACAUCCACCCGGUCCGACCGCUGUAUCGUUUCACUGCCACGGCAUUGGGCGCCAGCAUGUGGUUCUUCCUGAUGUACCGCGCGAAGAAGGACGGCGCUGUCCUCAUGGGCUGGAAGCACCCUUGGGAUCACUAG